GCUCAAGUCCCAUUCAUGAUUCUAAUAGUCUUAUUCAGCCAGGCAUACUGAGGAUGAUGGAACCAGGCUGUACAGGAAACUGAAAUCGUCAUAUACUUAUAUUACCUACUAAGAGCCUGGACCUACAGUAGGUGUAGAGGUUAGCUCUGCUCAAGACAGCCCCGGUCUUUAAGAAGCUAUAAGACUGGGAAAACAGAAAUCAGGAAUCACAUUAAAAUGAACAACGAUCACCAGUGUCCUUGGGAUUAGGAGUGACAAACAGAACCCGAAUGACUCAAGACUCCUGUCAGUGGCAGGGGAAGGAGCCAUUGUCUCAAACAUUUUAGUCACACCACCUAUAGGAUAGGGAGUCCAGCAGAUUCGUUGGGAGUGGGAGGAAAAAGAGCAGGCCCAAGAACCAGAAAAAUGUUGGCAAUGAUGCAGCCCACAUAGAAUGGUUACUUGAAUGAGGGUAGUAGCAGUAGAGAUAAAAUGGUAGUAGCAAGGAAAUGGAGAGAAGGAGAUUGAUCAGGUAGAAAUCACCAAUCUUGGGUUUGGUCGGCUGGGUUAGGGUGGCACAGAGGUAGGUAAUAUGAUUGAGUGUAGGAGUACACAGUGCAAUACGGUGAGUGCUGGGUGCGCUUAGUCCAGAACAUACGGCGAAGGCUGGCCAAAGGCGGGGCAGGGCGUGGUGGGAAGCUCAGUCCGCGGUCGCGCCAGCUGUUCACCGGGUAGGGUCGCCCUUAGGCGCUCACCUCCGCCACUUAGCCAUGGCGGGUCCUGGCCCGGGCGCGGUGCUGGAGUCCCCGCGGCAGCUGCUGGGCCGCGUGCGCUUCUUGGCGGAGGCAGCGCGGAGCCUCCGCGCUGGGCGGCCGCUGCCGGCAGCGCUGGCUUUCGUGCCGCGAGAGGUGCUCUACAAGCUUUACAAGGACCCGGCGGGACCGUCGCGCGUGCUCCUGCCCGUGUGGGAGGCAGAGGGCCUGGGGUUGCGUGUGGGCGCCGCAGGCCCAGCCCCCGGUACCGGCUCCGGGCCCCUCCGCGCCGCCCGCGACAGCAUCGAGCUCCGGCGCGGCGCCUGCGUGCGCACCACGGGCGAGGAGCUGUGCAACGGCCACGGGCUCUGGGUGAAGCUGACAAAGGAGCAGCUGGCAGAGCACCUGGGCGACUGCGGGCUGCAGGAAGGCUGGCUGCUGGUGUGCCGCCUGGCGGAGGGCGGAGCCCGCCUGGUACCCAUCGACACUCCCAACCACCUCCAGCGGCAGCAGCAGCUCUUUGGCGUGGAUUAUCGGCCGGUGCUCAGGUGGGAACAGGUGGUGGACCUGACAUACUCACAUCGCCUGGGAUCGAGACCUCAGCCGGCAGAGGCAUACGCAGAAGCUGUACAAAGGCUACUCUAUGUACCCCCGACAUGGACCUACGAGUGCGACGAGGACCUGAUCCACUUCUUGUAUGACCACCUGGGCAAGGAGGAUGAGAACCUGGGUAGCGUGAAGCAGUAUGUGGAGAGCAUAGACGUUUCCUCCUACACGGAGGAGUUCAACGUAUCCUGCCUGACAGACAGCAAUGCCGAUACCUACUGGGAGAGCGAUGGGUCCCAGUGCCAGCACUGGGUACGGCUUACCAUGAAGAAGGGCACCAUUGUCAAGAAGCUGCUACUUACAGUAGAUACCACAGAUGACAACUUUAUGCCAAAGCGGGUGGUGGUCUAUGGGGGCGAAGGGGACAACCUGAAGAAGCUGAGUGACGUGAGCAUUGACGAGACCCUGAUUGGGGAUGUCUGUGUCCUGGAGGACAUGACUGUCCACCUCCCGAUCAUCGAGAUCCGCAUCGUGGAGUGCCGAGAUGAUGGGAUUGAUGUUCGUCUCCGAGGGGUCAAGAUCAAGUCCUCUAGACAGCGGGAACUAGGGUUGAAUGCAGACCUGUUCCAGCCGACUAGUCUGGUGCGAUACCCACGCCUGGAAGGCACCGACCCUGAAGUACUGUACCGCAGAGCUGUCCUCCUGCAGAGAUUCAUCAAGAUCCUCGAUAGUGUCUUGCACCACCUGGUACCUGCCUGGGACCACACACUGGGCACCUUCAGUGAGAUUAAGCAAGUGAAGCAGUUCCUACUGCUGUCCCGCCAGCGGCCUGGCCUGGUGGCUCAGUGCCUGCGUGACUCGGAGAGCAGCAAGCCCAGCUUCAUGCCACGCCUAUACAUCAACCGCCGCCUUGCCAUGGAACACCGUGCCUGCCCCUCUCGAGACCCUGCCUGCAAGAAUGCAGUCUUCACCCAGGUAUAUGAAGGCCUCAAGCCCUCUGACAAAUAUGAAAAGCCCCUGGACUACAGGUGGCCCAUGCGCUAUGACCAGUGGUGGGAGUGUAAAUUCAUUGCAGAAGGCAUCAUUGACCAAGGCGGUGGUUUCCGGGACAGCCUGGCAGAUAUGUCAGAAGAGCUGUGCCCUAGCUCAGCGGAUACCCCCGUGCCUCUGCCCUUCUUUGUACGCACGGCCAACCAGGGCAAUGGCACUGGUGAGGCCCGGGACAUGUAUGUGCCCAACCCCUCCUGCCGAGACUUUGCCAAGUACGAAUGGAUUGGACAGCUGAUGGGGGCUGCCCUUCGGGGUAAGGAGUUCCUGGUCCUGGCCCUGCCUGGUUUUGUGUGGAAGCAGCUCUCUGGCGAGGAGGUGAGCUGGAGCAAGGACUUCCCAGCUGUGGACUCUGUGCUGGUGAAGCUCCUGGAAGUGAUGGAAGGAAUGGACAAGGAGACAUUUGAGUUCAAGUUUGGGAAGGAACUAACAUUCACCACUGUACUGAGUGACCAGCAGGUGGUGGAGCUGAUCCCUGGGGGUGCAGGCAUCAUCGUGGGAUAUGGAGACCGUUCUCGUUUCAUCCAGCUGGUCCAGAAGGCACGGCUAGAGGAGAGCAAGGAGCAGGUGGCAGCUAUGCAGGCAGGUCUGCUGAAGGUGGUGCCACAGGCUGUGCUGGACUUGCUGACCUGGCAAGAGUUGGAGAAGAAAGUGUGUGGGGAUCCAGAGGUCACUGUGGAUGCUCUGCGCAAGCUCACCCGGUUUGAGGACUUCGAGCCAUCUGACUCGCGGGUGCAGUAUUUCUGGGAGGCACUGAACAACUUCACCAACGAGGACCGGAGCCGCUUCCUGCGCUUUGUCACAGGCCGCAGCCGCCUGCCAGCACGGAUCUACAUCUAUCCAGACAAGCUGGGCUACGAGACCACAGACGCGCUGCCCGAGUCUUCCACCUGCUCGAGCACCCUCUUCCUGCCACACUAUGCCAGCGCUAAGGUAUGCGAGGAGAAGCUCCGCUAUGCGGCCUACAACUGCGUGGCCAUCGACACCGACAUGAGCCCGUGGGAGGAGUGAGGUGUGCCGCAGGCUGCAGGACCGUCAGGACUGCACGUGUCCCUCUUGGCCUUGCCCAGGGCGAAGACACCUUCCCUGCCCUGGUUUGGCUGACGUGCUCAGCAAAACCCCGUGUGGCCCCCUCCUGUGUGCAGUUGGCGUGCGGGCAGCUGGCGUGGUCAGGUGAACACUAGUGGCCCAGCCCCGCAGACCCACAAGCCCUACCCGUGCUGGGGCUUGCUUCCUGAGGUAUUUCACCUCUUCAGAGGGAAUCUUCCACAAGCCCAGCACAAGCUGCCAGGCCUGAGCUACUUGAAGGGGGCCAUGUAGGUCCCCAACUCAUAGACUUUGCCUCCAUUUUCAGCUCCACUUUUUUUCUCCUAUUUUCUCUCUGGCUUUCUUCAGCCAUGACUCAAAACAUAAAACGUUGGAGGUUGGUGGAGGCCCCUCCCCAAGCAAGAAGCCUUGGAUGGGCAGGGAGUGAUAGCCACACUCCUUGGUCACCUGCUCCAAGAAGGAAGCAGUAACUGAGCACCUGCCCUCGCAUACUGCUCUUCUCCUCCUCUCCCUCCAUACCAGAGAUGUGAGCUCUGUUCUUCUUCCAACCCAGUCUCAACAUACCAAGUGCCACCAGCUUCCCUAACUCAGAACCCACAUCCACUCAAUGUGAACUCUUCACUACCACGACCUCCCCAUGUUCCUCACUUCUGCAUCGCCUCCGGCCUGACUCCCUGUCUGCCCUUUCACCCCCAAGAUUUUGCACAGGUUAAGGCCAGUUAUGACCUUUUUGAAAUCUGUAAUAGCUCCCCUUUCCCCAACUCUAAAGCCUAGACCUUAAACCCGUUCCUAGAGCUAUGCACACCCCUACCCAUUUACCAUUCCUCCCUCAGGGCCUCCGUGACACUCCAUGAAAAGAAGUUCUUGCAUACCGGAAAGUUGAAUAAAUGGAUGAGUUCAUUCCUU